AUGAUCAAUAACAACCAACUGUUUUAUGAAUGUUUAAGAGGACCAACCUCUUAGAGAAGAAAUUCAACACCAAACAAAUAAAGGAGCAGAAUCAUUAGAGCCUCCAUGUAGAUCGAAUUAAAUUAAACAUAAAAUCAAGAUAAUAGUCUUGCUGAUUCAGCCAUUAGAAGUGUCUCAAGACAAAGAAAUUCAAUACAAAUUGAUUAAGUUGAUGGAACUAUUAAACAAAUUACUUAAACAAAAAAGUAAGGUUUGAUGAAAAAAAGUUCUAAUAUUCAGAAUCGAUAUUUUUAGAUAAAUGAUAACUAUAAACAAUUAAUUUUAAUGGAUCAUACAAAAGAUCAAUCAGAUGUUAUUUUGAAGUAUUUACCAGAAGCUCAAAUAUUUCUUAAUAAAGCAAAUUAAUAGAUAUUAUAAAAUUGGAUUCCUACAUUACCAUAAGAUGAACGCAAACAAAUUGAGAAGAAUAAAAAGUAUUUUCCAAUACCAAGAAAUAUACCAUUCCAUGAAAUUAUUGAUGGAUUGAAAAUAUUAUAUGGGCAAGGUAAAAAUAGAAGAUUAUGGCCUGGAGAAGAAGCUUUAUUGAUGGAAACCAUUCGAUUAUAUAUUGAUAAGAUUUUAUCGAAUCCAAAAUUACUAUUACAUAGUGUGGCUUUUACAUUAUAAUAAAUAAUUAAAUUAGCUGGACUUGAAGAAAUUUUAAACUAUAAAUUAUGCAUGUAAUAGUUGGAAUGCCAUUGGAAAAUGAUGAUCACUAGAUUUAGAUAUAGUGGGUUAUCAGAAUUGAGUAAGAAAUCCUGGCAAUAUUGGUUAGAAUAAGCACAAUUAAGAGGUCAUUUUCUUAAUUUACAAAAUGAUAAUUUAUUAACAUAAUACUUAUUAAAACAUUAAUAAAUUGACUGA